AUGGAAUUGCCCAAAAACCUGCUACCAGAUGAGGGUAGCCCAGAUUUUUUGAACAAGGGAGACAAUGCAUGGCAACUUGCGGCAGCCACACUUGUUGGCCUACAAAGUGUACCAGGUCUGAUCAUCUUCUAUGGUGGCAUGGCUAAGAAGAAAUGGGCAAUAAAUUCAGCCCUAAUGGCUCUUUAUGCAUUUGCAGUUGUUUUAGUCUGUUGGGUUGGCUGGAGUUACCGCAUGUCGUUUGGCGAUAAGCUCGUGGCAUUCUGGGGAAAACCAUCAGUAGCUUUAGACGAAAAAUAUCUUCUUGAACAGGCUUUUUUAGGGUAUUUUCCUACAGCAACAAUGGUGUUUUUCCAGUUUGUAUUUGCUGCAAUUACUCCUAUUCUGAUUGGUGGGGCACUUCUGGGAAGAAUGCACUUUGGUGCAUGGAUGUUCUUUGUGCCUCUUUGGCAUACAUUUUCCUACACUAUUGGAGCAUAUAGCAUUUGGAACCCUAACGGUUGGCUGUUCAAGCUUGGAAUCAUUGAUUUUGCUGGAGGAUUUGUCAUCCAUCUAUCAUCUGGUGUUGCUGGAUUUACUGCUGCAUAUUGGGUAGGGCCAAGAACUACAAAUGACAAGGAAAGAUUUCCUCCAAACAACGUACUUAUGAUGUUGGCCGGCGGAGGCCUGCUAUGGAUGGGUUGGACUGGGUUCAACGGCGGAGCAUCUUACGCCGCCAGCGGUCUUGCGUCGUUGGCUGUGUUGAACACUCAUGUUUGUACAGCUGUGAGCUUGCUAACUUGGCUGGCUCUUGAUUAUUGUUUCUUUGGGAAGCCUUCAAUUAUUGGUGCCAUGCAGGGCAUGAUCACUGGCCUGGUUUGCAUUACUCCUGCAGCAGGUGUAGUUCAAUGCUGGGCAGCUAUCCUCAUGGGAGUGAUUUCAGGAUGUAUUCCUUGGUUCACAAUGAUGGUGCUGCAUUAUAGGAUCAAGUUCUUAAGGAGCGUAGAUGACACAUUUGCAGUCUUCCACACCCAUGCCCUAGCCGGAAGCCUAGGCGGCAUCCUCACCGGCCUUUUCGCGGUGCCUAAACUAUGCCGGAUUUUCUACAACGCACCGGACUGGGAAAAGUACAUAGGCCUCGGUUAUGGCCUCCAAACAGGUCGAACUUGGGCUGGUCUAAGACAAAUGGGGAUUCAACUUCUUGGGAUGGGUUUUAUUAUAUGUCUCAACAUUUUCACUACCACUAUUAUUUGUAUGCUCAUCAAUUUGAUUGUCCCUCUUAGAUUGAAUGAAGAGGAGUUGGAAAUGGGAGAUGAGGUUGUGCAUGGUGAGGAAGCAUAUGCAUUAUGGGGUGAUGGGGAUAGGUUUGAAAAUCCCAAGGUUAAUUCUGUGUAUGAUGCUGAUGAGUAUCCUUCUGCUAUGUCAAAGUUUUCAAUGGUGUCGAAGACUCCCAGUGAACUGCAAAUGGUAUGA